CUCCGUAGUCCUGACGGUGGCGCUGGAGAGCAGGUUGACGUUUGUUCCAUGCAGCUCUAUGGUAGCGGUGAAGGUCUCCCGGAAGUGAUAUAGGCAACCAAUGAAAUGCUUCUCAUGUUGUGAAGUAGGGGGAGCUCACGUGUAGAUGAAGAGUGGGGUGACGGCUGGAGCACGGGGGCAACAUGAAGGAGCAAUUCAGGGAAACCGAUGUGGCGAAAAAGAUAAGCCACAUUUGUUUUGGAGUAAAGUCUGCAGAGCAGAUGAGACAGCAGGCACACAUUCAGGUGGUAAGCAAGAGCCUGUACAGCCAAGACAACAGCCGCACACCUUUGUCUUAUGGAGUACUGGAUCAUCGCAUGGGUACAAGUGAGAAGGACCGACCUUGCCAGACUUGUGGGAAAAACUUGGCAGAUUGUUUGGGUCACUAUGGUUACUUAGAUUUGGAGUUACCUUGCUUCCAUGUAGGAUACUUUAAAGCGGUCAUUGGAAUUUUACAGAUGAUCUGUAAAACUUGCUCCCACAUCAUGCUGACUUUAGAAGAGAGAAAACUGUUUUUGGACUUCCUAAAGAAGCCAGGCCUCACCUACCUGCAGAAGAGGGGCUUAAAGAAGAAAAUUUCAGAUAAAUGUCGCAAGAAGACAAUUUGUCUGUAUUGUGGUGCUUUUAAUGGGCCAGUAAAGAAGUGUGGCUUACUUAAAAUUAUCCAUGAAAAAUACAAGACCACCAAAAAAGUAAUAGACCCUCUGGUGUCCCAGUUCCUACAGUCCUUUGAUACAGCAAUAGAGCACAACAAGGAAGUAGAAGCAUUGCUGGCGCGCGCACAGGAAAAUCUAAACCCACUUGUGGUGCUUCAUGUUCUGAGACGUAUCCCAGAUGAAGACGUUCCUCUGUUACUAAUGAACCCCGACGCUGCUAAACCAUGUGACCUUAUUCUCACAAGGCUUCUGGUUCCCCCACUCUGCAUUCGUCCCUCUGUUAUCAGUGAUCUGAAAUCUGGAACUAAUGAAGAUGAUCUCACAAUGAAGUUGACAGAAAUCAUAUUCUUAAAUGAUGUAAUCAAGAAGCACAGAAUCUCAGGAGCAAAAACCCAGAUGAUUAUUGAAGACUGGGAUUUCCUACAGCUUCAGUGUGCUUUAUACAUCAAUAGUGAACUAUCUGGAAUUCCCAUGAAUAUGGCUCCCAAAAAAUGGACACGUGGUUUUGUUCAAAGGCUAAAGGGAAAACAAGGUCGAUUUAGAGGAAACCUUUCUGGUAAAAGAGUGGAUUUCUCUGGUCGUACUGUAAUUUCUCCAGACCCAAAUCUACGUAUAGAUGAGGUGGCGGUUCCUGUUCAUGUUGCAAAAAUUUUGACAUUUCCUGAAAAGGUUAACAGCGCAAAUGUCCAUUUAAUGCGGAAACUCGUCCAGAAUGGACCAGAUGUUCACCCAGGAGCCAACUUUAUUCAACAGAGACAUACCCAAAUGAAAAGAUUUCUGAAAUAUGGUAACCGAGAGAAGAUAGCUCAGGAGUUGCGGUAUGGAGACAUCGUGGAGAGGCACCUCAUAGAUGGAGAUAUUGUUCUCUUUAAUCGACAACCAUCCCUGCACAAGCUCAGCAUCAUGGCUCAUAUAGCCAGGGUGAAACCGCAUAGAACUUUCCGUUUCAAUGAAUGUGUCUGCACACCCUACAAUGCUGAUUUUGAUGGUGAUGAAAUGAAUCUACAUCUUCCUCAGACCGAAGAAGCCAAGGCAGAGGCAUAUGUGUUGAUGGGGACUAAAGCCAAUCUUGUGACACCACGUAAUGGGGAGCCACUGAUUGCUGCGAUUCAGGACUUUCUUACAGCUGCCUAUCUCCUUACGCUUAAAGACACAUUUUUUGACCGUUCCAAAGCAUGUCAGAUCAUUGCAUCUAUUCUGGUGGGAAAAGAUGAGAAAAUUAAAGCUCGCCUUCCACAUCCAUCUAUUCUGAAGCCUGUUGUUUUGUGGACUGGAAAGCAGAUCUUCAGCAUUAUUUUGCAACCAAGUGUGGACAGUCCAGUCCGUGCUAACCUAAGGACCAAGGGCAAGCAGUACUGUGGUAAAGGGGAAGAUCUGUGCCACAAUGAUUCUUAUGUUACAAUUCAGAACAGCGAGCUAAUGUCUGGAACCAUGGACAAAGGGACUCUGGGUUCUGGCUCAAAGAAUAAUAUUUUCUACAUACUUCUGCGAGACUGGGGACAGCUUGAGGCUGCCAAUGCUAUGUCACGUCUUGCAAGAUUGGCACCUGUUUAUCUCUCAAAUCGAGGCUUCUCUAUCGGAAUUGGAGAUGUCACUCCGGGUCAAGGUCUGUUAAAAGCUAAACAGGAUCUUUUAGAUGCCGGCUACAAGAAGUGUGAUGAAUACAUUGAGGCACUAAAUACUGGAAAACUCCAGCAGCAGCCUGGCUGCAGUGCAGAGGAAACUCUAGAGGCUUUGAUUUUACGUGAGCUGUCGGUAAUCAGAGACCAUGCGGGAAGUGCCUGUUUGAGAGAACUGGAUAAGAGCAACAGUCCACUUAUCAUGGCCUUGUGUGGAUCUAAAGGGUCAUUUAUUAAUAUCUCUCAGAUGAUUGCAUGCGUGGGCCAGCAGGCUAUCAGUGGCUCGCGUGUCCCUGAUGGCUUUGAGAACCGAUCUUUGCCACAUUUUGAGAAGCAUUCAAAGCUUCCAUCAGCUAAGGGGUUUGUGGCAAACAGCUUCUAUUCAGGACUGACACCUACAGAAUUUUUCUUCCAUACUAUGGCUGGACGAGAGGGUUUGGUGGACACAGCUGUCAAGACAGCAGAGACUGGUUAUAUGCAGAGACGACUAGUAAAAUCCCUUGAAGACUUGUGCUCUCAGUAUGACCUGACUGUCCGGAGCUCUACUGGUGAUAUUAUCCAGUUUAUAUAUGGGGGUGAUGGACUGGACCCUGCUGCCAUGGAAGGAAAAGAUGAACCUCUUGAGUUUAAGAGAGUCUUAGACAAUGUCAAGUCUGUUUUUCCCUGUUCAAGCGAACCAGCACUAAGUACAAAUGAGCUGCUUCUGACUACUGAAUCCAUCUUGAAGAAGGCAGAGUUUCAGUCUUGCCAGGAUGCUUAUUUACAGGAAAUAAAGAAGUUUGUGAAUGGGGUAUCCGAAAAGAUAAGGAAGACCAGAGAUAAAUAUGGCAUUAAUGACAAUGGCUCCACGGAGGUAACGCCACGGGUGUUGUACCAGUUGGACAGGAAGCCUACGCAGCUAGAAAAGUUUUUGGAGACUUGUCGGGAUAAAUAUAUGAGAGCACAGAUGGAACCAGGUUCGGCCGUGGGAGCUCUCUGUGCUCAGAGCAUUGGAGAGCCAGGAACACAGAUGACCCUGAAAACGUUUCACUUUGCUGGUGUUGCUUCCAUGAACAUUACAUUGGGUGUGCCCCGUAUCAAGGAGAUCAUCAAUGCCUCAAAGAACAUUAGCACACCAAUCAUUACCGCUCAACUAGAUAUAGAUGAUGACUCUGACUUUGCUCGUCUGGUGAAAGGUAGAAUUGAGAAGACCUUACUAGGAGAGAUAUCAGAGUACAUGGAGGAGGUGUUUCUUCCUGAUGAUUGUUUCCUCCUGGUGAAGCUUUCACUGGAACGUAUCCGCUUGUUGAGGCUUGAGGUAAAUGCUGAGACUGUAAGAUACUCCAUCUGCUUGUCUAAGCUCCGCGUAAAGCCUGGAGAUAUUGCAGUUCAUGGGGAGGCUGUGUUGUGUGUUACACCAAGAGAGAAUAAUAAGAGUUCUAUGUACUAUGUCCUGCAGUCGCUGAAAGAGGAAUUGCCAAAGGUGGUGGUACAAGGCAUUCCUGAAGUGUCACGUGCUGUCAUACAUAUUGAUGAACAGAGUGGAAAAGAAAAGUACAAACUUUUGGUUGAGGGUGAUAAUCUCCGUGCUGUCAUGGCUACCCAUGGGGUUAAGGGUUCACAUACCACUUCAAACAACACCUAUGAGGUGGAAAAGACUAUUGGUAUAGAAGCUGCACGCUCCACCAUUAUAAAUGAGAUCCAGUAUACCAUGGUAAAUCAUGGGAUGAGUAUUGACAGACGUCACGUCAUGCUUCUGGCUGAUCUGAUGACUUACAAGGGAGAAGUGCUCGGUAUCACUCGCUUUGGCUUGGCCAAGAUGAAGGAAAGUGUUUUGAUGCUGGCUUCUUUUGAGAAAACUGCUGAUCAUUUGUUUGAUGCAGCCUAUUUUGGCCAGAAAGAUUCUGUUUGUGGAGUCUCCGAGUGCAUAAUUAUGGGCAUACCCAUGAACAUUGGAACUGGACUUUUUAAGCUUCUGCAUAAAGCUGACAAGGACCCUGAUCCACCCAAGAGACCCUUGAUCUUUGACAACACUGAUUUUCACCUCCCUAUCACUAGCACGUAGUUGAACGUUGUGUAAAAACACAAAACUCAAAGUGCUUUUUACUAUAACCUGUUUAUUUAUUUUCAUGAGGGAACAUAGGUAUGUUCACUUAAAGCUUGAGCUUUAAUAUUCUGAUUUAUAAAUAUACUUGUAUGUACUGUAUGCUUUUGUAAAUAAGACCUACCUACAGAAAAUGAUGCUGCUGUUAAAGUUGUAACAUAGUUAGACAUGGUGUGACAUUCAUGAAAUAUUGAGUACAUUACACGGUCUGUGUUGCAAUAUAAAUCAGUUUAAGAAAACUGGUAAAUCAUGUAAAAACAAAUGCAAUGUAUGAAUUUGUACAUUUAGUUAUUUGACAUAGACUGCAUUGUGAAUAUGUUGUGCUGGAAUAUUUAUUUAGAGUUUAUUUAAUACAUUUACACUCAAUUGUUUUGGUGAAAGAAUUGUGAUCUGCCCAUUCUCAGCUAUAUAUUGAAGGUACCUUUUUUGAGAGGGAAUUAAAAAAUUUUUGUUCUAUCCUAAGAAGGUGAAGCUGAGUUUUUGUACAUAAAGUUACUUGUUGCUAUACCAUUAUUUCAUUGAUUUACUGCGCCUUCAGAAACUUCUGGGACACCUCUUCCUCUCCUCACUACAUUUGGGGUUAUAUUUGCCAAAGGAAAAUCCACUUUGCACUACAAGUGCACUAAAAGUGCAGUCACUGUAGGUCAAAGAGGAAGAUCUAAAAUGAG